CCACUGUCCUCAAACAUUUUAAUUUCCAGCACAAAAAGGCAAAAUUGCCUAGAAACAACAUGGUGACUGCCCUCCUGCACCUGUAGAGGUUGGUUUUAUGGAUUAGCUAGUUGUAUACGUCUUGAGAAAUAGAACAAAAACAUCUUCCAAAAUGGAAACAAAAACAAUGGAAGCUGUUAAGCUCAGGGGGUUGUUUUUAGUUUUAGUUUUCGUAACGGUUUCAACCAUUGAAGCCCAUAUCGUCAAUUUCGAUGAGGUCUGGAAGCAGCGCUCCGAGGAAGCCAAGAAGGCCGCUCACCGGGCCUAUCACCCCAAUCCUUUGAAAGUCACAGAUCAUUUCAACAAGCAUGUCCACAAAAUGACGGAGGGCGACAACAGCACAAGAAGGGAAUUGCGCAGAUACAAAGGCCCAUGCAUUGCCACGAACCCGAUAGAUCGGUGUUGGAGGUGCCGAAAGAACUGGGAGCAUCACCGCAUGAAGCUAGCGGAUUGUGCCCUGGGAUUCGGCCGCCACACCACGGGAGGCAAGGGAGGGAAGAUUUACGUAGUAACCGACCCCUCUGACAAUGACCUAGUAAACCCAAAACCGGGAACGCUGCGGUUCGCAGUGAUUCAACCGGAGCCACUCUGGAUCAUAUUCGCGCGUAGCAUGGUGAUCAGGCUAAGCGAAGAGCUUAUAUUUACAAGUGACAAGACCAUCGAUGGACGUGGAGCCAACGUACACAUAACCGGCGGUGCUGGGUUCACUUUGCAGUUCGUGAGGAAUAUCAUCAUCCAUGGCCUUCGAAUCCAUGGCAUCAAAGCUGGAAAUGGUGGAAUGAUAAGAGACUCGGUGAGCCACUACGGUUACCGUUCGAAAAGCGAUGGCGACGGUAUUUCAAUCUUCGGAUCCUCACACAUUUGGAUUGAUCACGUCUCCAUGUUGAAUUGCGAUGAUGGGCUGAUAGAUGCUGUUGAGGGUUCCACAGCCAUAACCAUCUCCAAUUGCCAUUUCACCAACCACAAUGAGGUGAUGCUGUUUGGUGCUAGUGAUCUCUACUCGGGGGAUUCCAUAAUGCAGAUAACAGUGGCUUUCAACCACUUUGGUAAGGGACUAAUACAAAGGAUGCCAAGGGUCCGGUGGGGGUUCGUCCACGUGGUGAACAACGACUACACUCAUUGGCUCAUGUACGCCAUAGGUGGGAGCCAUAACCCUACCAUCAUUAGCCAGGGUAACCGCUUCAUCGCACAAUCCAGCCUAUUCACUAAAGAGGUGACAAAAAGAGACUACGCACCUGAGAGCGUGUGGAAGAAUUGGUUGUGGCGAUCGGAGGGAGACCUUAUGAUGAAGGGAGCCUUUUUCAUUCAAUCUGGAAACCCAAAGCAGAGCUACCCCAAGAAAGAUUUGAUUUCCCCCAAGCCAGGAUCCUAUGUCCCCAGGCUCACACGCUUUUCUGGUGCUCUUAGCUGCAUGCCAAAUAGACAGUGCUGAUGCAUUUGUAUGUAUGUACCUAAGUAUGUAGGCCUGAAAUGAAGCUCAAUCUGAAACACUAGUGAAAAUAGGGUCCAUCAUAGAAAGAUAUAUAAGAAAAAUGUCAAAUAGAUUAUGAUUUUCUCUCUAUGGCUGUGGGAGAUAGAGAGGAAAGACAGCCUGACAUUCUUUUAUUUUUUUGAGAAUAUUAAAUUGAUCAAUUUUGGUUUCUGCCA